AUGGUGGAGGGAUCAACGGAAUUGCUGGAAGAGGAAGAAGGUCUGCGAGACAUAGAAGAAUCUCGGCUGAUGCGUAAUAGGAUCUCAUUGACCGAUGGCAAGCGUACCUUGGACGACGGCGUGGGCGACAUUUGGCUAGCGGGAACAACAGGUGGUCUCCAAAGAUCGGGGUGCGCCGAAGUACUCUUCACCUCCCAAUGUGAAGUAUACAUUUCUAUAGCGUCUUCACAGUGGGGCACUGUCCCUCAAUCCUUAUAUAGAUGGGCAGCAGACUGGAAUUGA